AUGUCGCUUUUUCGCGUUCUGCGGCUAGUACUACUCAUCGGUUUACUCAUCUUGGCGUCGGUGUACAUUAUUGGUCGCUGUCUGCGGGGUGUAUGUAUGUGCGGCGAAAAAAGUUACAUCCCUUUCCAUUCGCUUUCCUCGCCCUUGCGGCGCAUUGAAUGA